UUUUAAUUGUGGUCGCGUGAGGUUGUUUGCGCGCGUAUUUUCUUCUUUUUUGAUGUAUUAAAACCGCGUUUUAAUCAAACGAAAUGUUAAACAUAUACAUUUAACUAAAUGUAAAGUGCAAUAACAUAAACAAAUAUAAUACGUGCAACAUUUCUAAUACACAAUUUAAGCGAAAAUCAUUCCAUUGAGAAAAUACAAUUCGCGACGCUUGCCUGCGACGAAAGGACAGCUACGUAGGUUAGAGUGAGAUAACGCUACUGUGUGCGCAAUUUGUUGAUGUCGCUGUUGUUGUUGGUAGUGCCUGGCGCUUGUGCUCAUAGUAAUUGUUGUUGGAUGCGCCACGGUAAAAGUGUUUUGUUUGUAAAAGAACAACAAAUGCACCGAAAAUCGAUCUAAUUAGUUGUUGCUCUUCCGGCUAGUGUUGUUGUUUAUUAUUGCAGCCGGCAAAACAAAUUCAACAGCUAGAGUUCAAUGAAUAUAUUCCUCAAGUAGCCGUCGCAGGUUUCCAACGAAAACGCAAGCAAGAACAACGACACGCCAAAAUUCGGCGAAUACACAACAAAAGUGGAGUGAGCGACAAAAAAGGAAAAAUACAAAAAGCUAAAGAAAGAAAUAAGUGUAUAAAAUGUGGGGAAUGUGUAGAAUGUGUGUGCGAAAGUGAAGACAAGAAAGAAAACGAAACCAAAGCAGAAUUUGAGGCCGUCAAAAUGCAGCGCAGUGGAAACAAAAACAAAGACACAACAAACAUAGCUUAAAAGGCAAAGCAAAAUCGUUACUAUUCAAAUAAGAGCGCAAAUAGCGCAAACAACGGUUUCACAGUUUUCGUAGCAGAAACAACAACUCACAAUGGCAAAUAACGGAAGUAGCCGCAGGACUAACAAAUGGCUGUGGAUGUGGAUUGCAAUUUCGAUUGGCCAAUUACAACUGGCGACAGUUUCGCAUGCGAGUCAAGCACUCACGUUCACAUUGGAGCCCCAGGACUCGGUGGUGCCCGAGGGCCACUCCGUGCUGUUGCAGUGUGCCGGCAAAGCCGCUGGCAAGGGCAAGGCCACGCCCACCACGACAAGCAUACGCUGGCGCGGACCCGAUGGACAGGAUCUGGGCGUUGUCGGCGACACCUUUCGCACCCAGCUGAAGAAUGGUUCGCUGUACAUUAGCUCUGUGGAGGAGAAUCGCGGUCUCACCGGCGCCUAUCAGUGUCUGCUCAGUGCCGAUGGCGUGGGCAGCGUGUUGAGUCGCCCAGCGUUGGUGGCAAUUGCUCGCCAGCCGGAGCUCAAUCAGGACUUUAUCGAGACGUAUCUGCUGCCCGGCCAGACGGCCUACUUCCGCUGCAUGGUCGGUGACCAUGUGUGGCAGCCAGGACUGAAGCAUACGGUGCAAUGGUACAAGGACGAUAUGCCGCUGCCGCUGGACAAGCUGCGCAUGGUGGUGCUGCCCAACGGUGCCUUAGAGAUCGACGAGGUAGGACCCAGUGAUCGGGGUGCUUAUCAGUGCAACGUCACCUCGGGUAGCGCCUUUCGGCUGAGCAGCAAAACCAAUCUGAACAUCAAGAAGGGCGCUGAGUCCGGCAUGGAUCAGGCUGUGGCACCCUCGUUCCUCGUGGGACCUUCUCCCAAGACGGUUAGCGAGGGCGACACUGUCACGCUGGAUUGUGUGGCCAACGGUGUGCCCAAGCCGCAGAUCAAAUGGUUGCGCAAUGGCGAAGAACUUGAUCUCAAUCAUCUGGACUCCCGUUUCUCCAUCACGGGCACCGGCUCACUACAGAUCUCCAGCGCCGAGGACAUUGAUUCGGGCAACUAUCAGUGCCGCGCCAGCAACACUGUGGACUCCUUGGAUGCUCAGGCAACUGUGCAGGUUCAAGUGCCGCCCAAAUUUAUUCAGGCGCCGCGUGACAAGACUGCCUCCGAGAAGGAAGUGCUCAACCUGGAAUGUUCCAUUCACGGCAAACCGAAGCCGAGCAUCCGCUGGCUGAAGAACGGAGACGUCAUCACGCCCAAUGAGUACAUGCAGUUCGUCAAUGGACACAACUUGCGCAUCCAUGGACUGCUCUACUCCGAUGCUGGCAUGUUCCAAUGCAUCGGCACAAAUCCCGCUGGAAGUGUUCAAGCUUCGGCUCGUCUGCGUGUUGUGGCACCUGGAGCUAAACUCAAGCAACGCAAGUCGCAGGGGCAGACAACGAAAUCGCUGCAGAGCUUCGACUCGAGCACAAAACGACGACGACCUUCGAAUUCCGGGGAACUGCGCACCAAAUCGGGUGGCAGCAGAUUCCCCGACCCUGACACGGACGAGGACGAUUACAACUACGCCAACGACAAAUCCGCCGAGUUGCCACAGCGCAAUCUGCGCAAUAUGCUGCGUCCCGUUGUGCAGCAGGCGGAUGAGGCGGGCGCAUUGCGGCGCCAGGGUCAGAGCAACGAUGCGGACGAGGACGCCGACGAUGACGCAGGCGACGAUGACGAUGACUAUGACGAGACUGGCACCAAACUGCCCUCUUGGUCCAAUAAGAACAGGAAAUCCCAACAACAGCAGCAACAACAACAACAAAUGUCCCCCACAUCCAAUUUUGCCUCAACAGAUUUAACAGCAGGCGACGACCAUACCGGAGAUGCAAAACCCUUGAGCAGCGGUCUGUUGGCUCGCCUGCCUAGUGCCCCUCGGAACCUUGUGGCGCAGAUUGUGAAGCCACGCUUCGUCACACUCAGCUGGCAGGAGCCGCAGCUGAAUGCCAACGAAGUGGUAUCCUACACCGUCUACUAUCGCGUCACCAACAGCGAGCGCGAGCAGAAGAUUGUCACGCAGUCGCAUGAGGAUCAACAGGUUAGCAUACAAUCGCUAUUCCCGGGACGCACUUAUCAAUUCCGAGUCGUGGCCAACACAAACUUUGGCAUGGGCGAAUCUUCGCAAGCACUAGAAGCUAGCACACAACCGGAGGUUAACAUUGCGGGACCGCCACGCAAUAUCGAUGCCUAUGCGCGCAACCAUAAAGAGAUCUUUGUGCACUGGAGUCCUCCCAGCGUGACCAAUGGCGAAAUUAACAAGUAUCGCGUUUACUACACCGAGAACGACAGCGGGGCAGAGCUAUAUAACGACAGCAAAUCGCUGGAACUAACAUUGACGGAUCUGCGACCAUACACCGACUAUGUGAUCUCUGUGGUGCCUUUCAAUCACAAUGGCAUGGGAGAUCCCUCUGCUGAGCUAAAGGUGAAAACCUUCUCUUCGACGCCCUCGGAGCCACCCAACAAUGUCACACUCGAGGUGACCAGCUCCAGCUCUAUAACGGUGCACUGGGAACCGCCAGCAGAAGAAGAUCGCAAUGGACAGAUUACUGGCUACAAGAUACGCUAUCGCAAGUUCAAGGAUGCGCCACAGGUGAAGAGCACGCCAGCCAACAUACGCUACUUUGAGCUCAACGCGCUGGACCGCAAUGCCGAAUACCAGGUGAAGAUUGCAGCGAUGACUGUGAACGGUUCUGGACCAUUCACUGAAUGGUAUCGCGCCAACACGCUGGAGAAUGAUCUCGACGAGACACAGGUGCCAGGCAAACCCAUUUGGAUCAACAUUCAGCCAGGAGCGAGCAAGAUUGAACUACACUGGGGACCGCCACAGCAGCCAGAGAUCAAGAUACGCAACUAUGUGCUGGGCUGGGGACGCGGCAUACCCGAUGAGAACAUGCUCGAGCUGAAGGAGACGGAACGCUAUCAUGUGCUCAAGGGGCUCGAGUCCAAUACCGAGUAUGUAGUGUCGCUUCGUGCCCGCAACGUUAAGGGCGAAGGACAACCGAUUUACGACAAUAUCAAGACCCGCGAGGAGGAGCCAAUGGAUGUACCAGUGCCGCUAGAGGUGCCAGUCGGGUUACGUGCUAUCACCAUGUCCAGUUCGUCGAUUGUUGUUUACUGGACGGACACUAUGCUCAACAAGAAUCAGCAUGUUACAGACAAUCGUCAUUACACUGUUAGCUAUGGCAUUACUGGAUCGAAUCGCUAUCGCUAUCACAACACCAGCGAACUCAAUUGCAUGAUCAACGAGCUGCGACCCAAUACACAAUACGAAUUCGCCGUCAAGGUGGUAAAGGGACGUCGCGAGUCUGCUUGGUCGAUGUCUGUGCUGAACAGCACUCAUCAAAAUGUGCCUGUGACGCCUCCCAGAGAUCUUAAUGUGCGCCUGGAUGAACUGAAUCCACAGAAUGUGAUCAUUAGGUGGCUGCCACCAAAGCAUACAGUGGGUCAAAUCACUGGCUACAAUGUGUACUACACAUCGGACAUGUCGAAGCGGGACAGAGACUGGAUGAUCGAGGCCUUCAAUGGCGAGGAGACAAUGCUGCUGCUGUCCACUCUGAAGCCACACACCACCUACUACUUCAAGGUGCAAGCACGCACCAACAAAGGCAGCAGCAAUGCACCCUUCUCAGCGCUGGCCACAUUCACCACGAGCGCAGCGGUUAUUAUGCAGCCACCGGACACCAUUGCCAAGGGCAUUGAUAAUCAGAAUCUGCUGUACAUCAUCAUUGGUGGCACGGCAUUGGUGCUGCUCUUGCUGCUGCUAGGCCUGCUGUUGCUCUGUCGCCGGAAACCGCAAUCCUCGCCAGAGCAUACCAAGAAGAGCUAUCAGAAGAACAAUGUCGGCGUGCCAAAGCCGCCGGAUCUAUGGAUACAUCACGAUCAAAUGGAGCUGAAGAACAUUGACAAGGGUCUGCACACCGCCACGCCUGUGUGCAGCGACAACGCUUCCAGCAGCGGCGCCUUAACGCUACCGCGCUCCGUUGUGCACAGUGAGUACGAGGUGGAGACGCCAGUGCCAGCACAUGUGACCAACUCGCUGGACAAGCGCUCCUAUGUCGCGGGCUAUAUGACAGCUACCUCGAUGAACUCGACCAUGGAGCGUCCGCAAUAUCCACGAACUCAGUAUAACCAUCAGAAUCGUUCGCACAUGAACAUGGAGGCGGGUUUGUCGCAACAGAGUCUCACACAGCCGCAGAGCAACUCGAUGGCCCAGACGCCCGAGCAUCCUUACGGCGGCUACGACGCCAAUUUCUGCAAUGCUGGUUACACUGGCGGUCAGGCAGGUGGCAAUGGAGCUGCUGGCGCUGGCUGUGUGUCCACCAUUGAGAGCGCUAAGCGGGGACAUCCGCUCAAGAGUUUCAGCGUGCCUGGUCCGCCGCCCACAGGCGCAGCCACGCCCGUCAAUAAGCACACUCCUGCUGUCACAAUACGUCCACAGAAUCAAUCACCAUACAAGAAGCCCUCAUUCUCGGCCGCCACGCCAAAUCGGUUGCAAGGCGGCAGCUCCGUGGCGCAUUCCACCGAUGAGAUACAAAGACUGGCGCCCAGCACUUCCACCGAGGAGCUCAACCAAGAGAUGGCCAAUCUGGAGGGGCUGAUGAAGGAUUUAAGUGCCAUAACGGCCAACGAGUUCGAGUGUUAACACGGCUAACAAGUAUUAGACGACGAUUAGGCAGCGCAUGCGAUAAACAUUUUUAUAAUGUUCAUUGUUUUAAUUUGUAAUUAUAAUUUGUGCGAUUCAUGUUUUUAAGUUACUUGCAUUCGUCAUUAAUUUAAAAUUUAGAACUUAAAUUACAUUAAAUUAAAUUUAGUUGAAAUGUGCGAAUUGAACUGUAAAUACGAGAUACGAACGAAGCCAUAUAAAUAUAAAUACGAGUAGUUACAUAUAAUUAACUAUAAUUAGCACAUAGCAUAGUUAAUUUUAACAAUAUCAAAAUAAGCCAUAAAUUACCAAUAAGUCAAGCAUCUGAAAGCAUCUCUCUCAGCCAGUGGCAUCACUUGAAUUGAAUUGAAUUGUUCUGAAUGGAACUUCCACUUUAUCUCCAUAACUCGUAACUAAUCAUGCAUCAUCUAAGCUAAGUCUCAUCGUACACUUUAUAAUCUAACUAACGAAAAUCAAAAACACAACAAACUUAACAUUCGACUUAUCUAUUGUAGUAUAUACAAAUGUAUGUGUAUCUUGACUGUAUUCUCGUUUGGUUUUGAGUUUGAAACGUGCCAUUUUGUUUAAGUUACAAAACUCUUAACUACUUAAGCCUAUUAAAUGUCAACAUUCUAGACUUAGUGACGCCAGUAAAGCUACCAGCAGCGCAUUUAAAACUUAAAAGACGAGUUUAAGCUAAUACUUGCAUACACACUUAUGUAUGUUAGUAAUACAACUCUUUUAUAAAAAUUUUGAGCUCAUCAAAAUUCAAUAACUAAAAGUGUUUUUCGUUUCCAAUUGAUUACUGUUAUUGUACGGCAGCUGAACAAAUUGAAAUUUAUACAAUUUUUAUCAUAUUGCUAUGCACAAUAAUCUCAAUUCAAAUCUACCCAAAAACAAUGCACAACAUAACAAAACGAAAGCGUACAUUUAAAUCGAGUACAUUGCAAAUUUGUGAAACUAUUUUAUUUGAUACAAUUUUGUAAGCAAAUUGUCAAAUUUUGCCAAAUAAAUUUGAAAACACAUUGUA